AUGACGUCAUCCGCGCUCGGGGUCUGCCUGCUGAAGCUCUCCAUCGACCUGUACACCCAACUACACUCUCUUAAUAAGGAAGACAACAUCGGCUACUCCCCGUACAGCGUAGGCAGCGCACUUUCAAUGACCCUCGCCGGCGCACGUGGUAACACUGCAAAGCAACUGGCGGCCGUUCUUCACGUCACUGAAAGUGACAAAAUACACGAACAGUUUGGGCAGUUGUUGAAUGAAUUACCAUACAGCUGGGACUCUGAUAACAGCUUUCACGCGGCCAACCUGAUGUACAGCGCGCGCGAGCUUAAGGUCCACAGGGAAUUCGAGGCGCUUCUGGAAAAAGACUUCAGGGCUCGCAUCAUGUCAGUUGACUUCAAGAAAAACCCAGAGUCAGUCCGAAAGGAGGCCAACAAGUGGGUCUCGGUCGAAACGAAAUCAAAGAUCAAAGAGCUCCUUCCGCCCGGUAGUGUGACAGAAAGCACCGUAUUCAUUAUACUCAACGCUAUUUACUUCAAGGGCACGUGGCAACAGCGGUUUGAUGAGAGACACUCAAAAAACAAACCUUUUCACCUCAAUUCCAGAAGCAGUGUGGAAGUGGAAAUGAUGUUCCAGAGGGAGGCACGAUUCAAGGUCGGCCAAUCCACGGAGUUGAAGGCGACGUUAGUGGAAAUGCCGUACAUUGGCGAAACAUUUUCGAUGGUAAUUCUCGUCCCCGAUGAAGUGGAAGGACUGCCUUUCUUGGAAGGGCAGCUCACGGAGUCGCGUCUUCGCUCGGCUCUAAAUAGCCUCGCCAUGAAAGACAACGUGGAGCUUACUCUUCCGAAGUUCAAGCUCGAGUACUCUGCUUCAUUGAACGAUGCGCUGUCUGCCCUCGGAGCCAAAGACUUGUUCAGCGACAGCGCGGACCUUUCUGGUAUCUUUGAGAGCGGCAAGGCUUCUGUCUCGCAGGUCUUCCACAAGGCGUUCGUUCAAGUCGACGAAGAAGGCACGGAGGCCGCGGCUGCUACAGCGGAGAUAGGAAUGGGGUCCAGUGCCCCCAGUGAUAAGCCGGUCACAAGCGUUGUCGUCGAUCACCCAUUUAUGUUCCUUAUCAGGAAAAACGAGGGGAACGUAAUCUUGUUUAUGGGAUCGGUCCGUAAGCUUUGAGGCCUGUUGACGAGGCCUGCUGUU